AUGAAGACCGGCGCCGGUGAGGCUGUCAAGUCGCAGGUGGCCGGGCUGCGGGCCGGGGCCAUCGUCAAGCUCAACGCCGCCUUCCUCGCCUUCUUCUUCCUCGUCUACAUGGCCCUCCUGCUCCACCCCAAGUACUCCCACAUCCUCGACCGCGGCGCCUCCUCUCUCGUCCGCUGCACCUUCCGCGACGCCUGCCCGUCCACGUCCCACCUCUCACGGAAGGUAAGAUCAGUGGCGGCGGCGAACAAGGUGGUGGCGACGGAGCGGAUCGUGAACGUGGGGCGCGCGCCGACCAUGUUCAACGAACUGCGCGGCCGGCUGCGGAUGGGCCUGGUGAACAUCGGCCGCGACGAGCUGCUGGCGCUGGGCGUGGAGGGCGAUGCGGUGGGCGUGGACUUCGACCGCGUGUCGGACGUGUUCCGGUGGUCGGACCUGUUCCCGGAGUGGAUCGACGAGGAGGAGGAGGACGGGGUGCCGUCCUGCCCGGAGAUCCCCAUGCCGGACUUCUCCCGGUACGACGACGACGUGGACGUGGUGGUGGCGGCGCUGCCGUGCAACCGGACGGCGCAGGGGUGGAACCGCGACGUGUUCAGGCUGCAGGUGCACCUGGUGGCGGCGCAGAUGGCGGCGCGCAAGGGGCGGCGCGACGGUGCCGGCCGGGUGCUCGUCGUGCUGCGGAGCGAGUGCGAGCCGAUGAUGGACCUGUUCCGGUGCGACGAGUCCGUGGGGCGGGAGGGGGACUGGUGGAUGUACACCGUCGACGUGGCGCGCCUCCAAGACAAGCUCCGCCUGCCCGUCGGCUCCUGCAAUCUCACGCUGCCGCUCUGGGGGCCAACAGACCUGACGGCGGUGGACGCCGGCAGCCAGCGGCGCGAGGCGUACGCGACGGUGCUACACUCGUCGGACAGGUAUCUAUGCGGCGCCAUCGUGCUGGCGCAGAGCAUCCGGCGCGACGAGGCGCACCGGCGGUGGUGGCAGGUGUACGACCAGAUGGGGGAGGUGAUGCGGGGCCCGUGCGCGCUGUCGGAGCGGAGGAAGAUCGAGAUCGCGUGGGAUAGGCACGUCGCCCAGGAGAUCGGCUACGCCGACCAGCACUGGAAGAUCAACAUUACCGACCCCAGGAAGUGGGAGUAG